UUACUAACCUAGGAAAUGGUUUCUUUAUUACUACAUGCUUUGGUAUUAUGUUGCCUAUCCUGCUUUAUUAUCAGAUCUACUUUAGAGGCAAGAACUUGUCGAGCUGACCAGUUCAACUGUGGCGAGGGCAGUAUCUGCAUUCCGGCAACGUGGCAGUGUGAUCGUGACGCAGACUGCGAUAACGGUGCUGAUGAAGUUAAUUGUGAGGCUGUAACAUGUACCGCAGAUGAAUACACUUGCGGAAACGGAAAGUGCAUAAUUAACCGUUGGGUUUGUGAUCAAGACGACGAUUGCGGCGACAACACUGACGAAACCUCUUGCCCACCAAUAACAUGCGCCCCGAAUGAGUUCAUGUGCAAUAAUUCCCUCUGCAUUUCUGAUCGCUGGAAGUGUGAUGGUGACUACGAUUGCCCCGACCUUUCCGACGAGUCCAGCGACCACUGUGCUCCUACACCACACCACAGCCGUUGUUCGCUUCGUGAGUUUGAAUGUAAUAAUGGCGAAUGCGUUCACACCAGUUGGAAAUGUGAUGGCGCACCAGACUGUACAGAGGGGUCUGAUGAAGAUGGAUGUCCGGUGACAACGUGUUACCCGUCCCAGUUCACCUGUAGUAACGGAGAAUGCAUUGAUGGAGUCUGUGAAUGUGAUGGAACUCCGGAUUGCACUGAUGACUCCGAUGAGCAUAGUGAAUGCCCUAGUGCUCCCAAAGAAUGCAACACAAAUGAAGAUUUCUUGUGCAAGAACGGUAGGUGCAUCUUAAUGACACAGACAUGUAAUGGACAACCCGACUGUGGUGAUGGGUCUGAUGAAGAGAUUUCAAAGUGUGGUGUUGACGAAUGUGCUACACGCAGUCAUAACUGUAGCAGCAAUGCAGAAUGCAUUGAAUUGCCAAUUGGUUUUUCCUGUUCCUGUCCAGAUGGCUUUGAGUUGAAUGAUGCCAAUCAGUGCGUGGAUAUAGAUGAGUGCAAGAAGGUAAUUCCAAAGGUAUGCAGCCAGGGAUGCGUUAACCAUGAAGGUGGCUACAAGUGCUACUGUCAGGAGGGAUAUAUUCUUGAACACAAGUCAUACUGUCGCGCUAUUGGACCAGAUCCACUCGUCAUUUUUGCUAACCGCGUUGAUUUACGCGAAUACGAUCCACGUAAAAGGGAAUACCGAACGAUAGUAGACCAUCAAAGAAGCGCAGUGGCUUUGGAUUACGACAUCAAGAAGAAGCAGGUUUACUGGACUGACGUCACCAAGGAGCAGAUCUUCCGUACCGACAUCAAUGGCACUGGUGAGCCGGAGGCAGUCAUUACUGUUGCGAACACACCAGAUGGCAUUUGUAUUGACUGGGUCUUUAAUAACAUGUACUGGACCGAUGCUGGAACUAACACCAUUGAAGUUGCAAGCCUUGAAGAUCCAAGCAAACGUGCCAUUCUCAUAUCGGAGGACUUAGAUGAACCAAGAGCUAUUACAGUUGACCCAAGAAUUGGUUACAUGUUCUGGUCAGAUUGGGGCGAGAGAGCUAGGAUUGAACGUGCAGGAAUGAAUGGACAGCAAAGACUAACACUUGUCGACACUGACAUCGCAUGGCCAAAUGGCCUAACCAUCGAUCUAGUCAGUGAUCUUCUCUUCUGGGUGGAUGCCAAGGUACACAGUCUGAGCAGCAUCGACUACAAUGGCCUGGGUAGACGUACCAUCCUCCAUUCGGAAACAAUUUUGCCUCAUCCAUUUUCCAUCGCCGUGUUUGAAGACUAUGUUUACUGGACAGAUUGGAAUAAGGAGAGUAUCAUUCGAGCGAACAAAUUCAGCGGCGGAAACCGUACCACUCUAAUUGAAGGACUCUACUCUCCAAUGGGCAUCCAGAUUUAUCACCGUCAAAAGCAAAUAGAAGGGAUUGUUAACUAUUGCGAGGGUCAUAACGGUGGAUGCUCUGAUUUGUGCGUAGCAGCGCCUAAAGUGAGCUCACAAUCCAUCAAUUAUUCUUGUCUCUGUCCUGGAAUCUCUUCACUAAUGGCGGAUGGACGUACCUGUGAGGGCUCAAAGAAAAAUCCACAGUCACCGCCUCCUGCAACAACAGCCAGUGCAAUAGAAAAUACAUUUCCCAGUGUAGGUGUUGAUGAAUGUGCUAAGCACAAAGAUAACUGUAGCAGCAAUGCAGAAUGCAUUGAAUUGCCAAUUGGGUUUUCUUGUUCCUGUCCAGAUGGCUUUGAGUUGGAUGAUGCUAAUCAUUGCGUGGAUAUAGAUGAAUGCAGGAAGGUACUUCCAAAGGUAUGCAGUCAGGAAUGCAUUAACCAUGAAGGCGGCUACGAGUGCUACUGUCAGGAGGGUUAUAUUCUUGAACACAAGUCAUACUGUCGCGCUAUUGGACCAAAUCCACUCGUCAUUUUUGCUAACCGUGUUGAUUUACGCGAAUAUGAUCCAUUUAAAAGGGAAUACCGAAUGAUAGUAGACCAUCAAAGAAGCGCAGUGGCUUUGGAUUACGACAUCAAGAAGAAGCAGGUUUACUGGACUGACGUCACCCAGGAGAAGAUAUUCCGUACCGAUAUCAAUGGCACUGGUGAGCCAGAGGCGGUCAUUACUGUUGCACACACACCAGAUGGCAUUUGUAUUGACUGGGUCUUUAAUAACAUGUACUGGACUGAUGCUGGAACCAACACCAUUGAAGUUGCAAGCCUGGAAGAUACAACCAAACGUGCCAUUCUCAUAUCCGAGGACUUACAUGAACCAAGAGCUAUUACUGUUGACCCAAGAAUAGGUUACAUGUUCUGGUCAGAUUGGGGUCAGAUAGCUAGGAUUGAACGUGCAGGAAUGAAUGGACAGCAAAGACUAACACUUGUAGAUACGGACAUCGAAUGGCCAAAUGGCCUAACCAUCGAUCUAGUCAGUGAUCUUCUCUUCUGGGUGGAUGCUAAGGUGCACAGUCUGAGCAGCAUCGACUACAAUGGUCUGUGUAGACGUACCAUCCUCCAAUCCGAAACAAUUUUGCCUCAUCCAUUUUCCAUAGCUGUGUUUGAAGACUAUGUUUACUGGACAGAUUGGAAUAAGGAGAGUAUCAUUCGAGCGAACAAAUUCAACGGCAGAAACCGUACUACUCUGCUGAAAGGACUUUACUCUCCAAUGGGCAUUCAGAUCUAUCACCGUCACAAGCAAAUAGAAGGGAUUGUUAACUAUUGCGAGGGUCAUAACGGCGGAUGUUCUGAUCUGUGCGUAGCAGCCCCAAAAGUGAACUCGAGCUCCGGGAAUUAUUCCUGCCUCUGUGCUAAAAACUCUUCGCUAUUGACAGAUGGACGUACCUGUAAGGGUUUAAACAAAAAUCCACAGAUACCUCCCCGUGCAACAACAGCCAGUCCAAUUGUUAACAUUGAUACGCUUACAGAAUCGAAUGAGGUAGAGAUGAUUGGUCGAUCAGUUAUUAUAAGCGCCAUUAUUGGUAGUCUAGUGUUCAUACUCUUAGUUGUCGCCAUUACAGCCUGUAUUAGAUUGAGGUUUUUGAGUGUUAAAAAUAGAAGAAAUUCAAGUACCGAAGAUCAAUUAUUUUUACGUCAUCUAUAAUAGUAUGAACACAAUCCAGGUCGAGAGUAUGAAACGGUGUUUGAAGGAAAGUUUUUGCGAUACCCCAUGGCUUCCCUGACGUCCCCUUACCGCUAAAAAAAGUUUCCUCCCAUUAAUUGUUCUCUAAACAAAAACGUACAUGACAGCCAGAGCUGAAUUGCGUAUGAAUGUACAGUUAAAAUUGUAAAAACGUAUUAUGCAUCAACAAACCAAAGAGAGGACAGAGAAAAAAAAAUUAAAAAUUACAACUGUUAAUAUAAGAAAAAUGAACGUGCAACAUUAAAAACGAAAAAAAAAACAUUAAAAGAGAAAUCAAAUGCAAGCAGUUUGUACUGCAGUGUCAUGUUUUCAAAUUACUGUACCUGUUAUGGGAUUGUGGAACUAAUAAUAAGGCCUACAUCAGUGGCACAUCACCACUGAAUAAUUAAAAAACUUCCUCAAUUAUCUUAUUUCAAAGUGGAAGGACGCUAGGAUUUUUAUGGGCCUGAGAUGUCAUAGAAAAUUCUCGGUUGAAGAAACCCUGUAAAGGAAUUAAUGUUAAUUUUCAAUACCUUAAAUUGAUGUAAUGUUUAUUGUCAUAAUUCAAUGGUAAUCAUUUCAGUUAAUGUAAAAUAUACUUUUUCCAUAUAAAAACAAUAGGAAAUGAACACAGAAUUGAAUUUAGUUGGAAUUAUGGAAUUAUAUGAAACAAAAUCAUUACCAAUCGUGUGUAUUACUAACAUUAUUAAGAAAUGAUGGAUCAAUGACGAUAGUGGAAAUCGCUGUGAUGUAUUAUGGUAGACGUGUAAUUCUCUUGUUAAAUUCAAAAAAGAAAAAAAUAAACCUGUAUUUAAGUUUUAACUGACAUUAACUUAAUUAAUCUGUUAUGGAACAUUAAUACAAUAUUAGACAU